AUGAGCUUGAGGGGUAAGAGUUCGUGUGAAGGACCACUUCCGGCAAGGAGCCGCCAUGAAGCUCCUGACCCACAACUUGCUGAGCUCGCAUGUGCGAGGGGUGACCCGCGGCUUCCCGCUGCUACUAAGGGCCACAGAAGUGAAAAUCAACACGGUGGACUUCAACCAGGAGUUUAUCUCCCGAAUGAUUCCAAAGAUGGAGUGGGCCGCGCUGGUCGAUGCUGCAGAGAGUAUUGGACAUGGGAACGACCUUCCCAAAGAGCUGCCCCAGGAGCUGCAGAGCAACGAGGAGUUCCUGCAGAAAGUGCACCAUGUCCUGCUGGAGGUCGAGGUGGUGGAAGGUGUCCUGAAGUGCCCAGAAUCCGGGAGGGAAUUUCCAAUCUCGAAGGGAAUACCGAACAUGCUUCUGAAUGAGGAUGAGGUGUAGGCGUCCUUACAUCUCUCAUCCUGCCUCCUGUGUCUCUGCCACCCUGUUAGCCCCUCUCUCCGCAUCGGACUGUGUGUGACCAUCAACAGUGCUGCCCUCUCCGCUCCAGCUGAGCAGUGAGGAGUCUUUGGUUUUGUUCUUGUCACAGGCAGCAAGCUCAGGUGGUUCUCGGCCGACACGCUGGAGGUUCCCAGGCCCGGACUGUUUGGGGAAAACAUUCCUCAGGAGGAGCAGUGACCACUCGCCCCUCUGUCCCCCCGUCACUGGAGUGGCGCCUGAGAGUAGUCGGCCGUUCACAGCUACGCUUGUCAAAGUGGGAUGCCCGAUUUGUUAUUUAAAAUAAAUUGUGUUUUUUUUUUAUAUAAGAAA